AUGGAUGGUGUAGUGGAUGGUUGGUGGACGGCCACCUUGUCCCAACAAGGCUGCAACGUCAGCAAGGAGGUGGCGGAGUCAUGUUUUGGGCCGGAAUCAUGGGGAGAGAGCUGGUUGGCCCCUUUAGGGCCCCUGAAGUGUAUAGCCGGGUGCAGAGCGGCGUUCUCCACCAGCAUACUCUACCACGUGUUUCCAGAUAAUGCUUUCAAAACCGUGUACCAGGCCUGGAGCAAAGGGGAACCCGCAGAUCUAUCUGAAAAACUUGAGAAGACCUUUCAGGAGGUCCUGACGGAUUUGGGGGUCAGCUCCCCUAAGAAAUACAGUGCCUUCGCUGCCUUCGGCUUUCAGCCAGUGGGGGCUGGGGUGCCCUGGAUGCCUUCAGGAGCUCGGAUAGGCAUCCCCGCUAAUUUCAACAGCACCCUGGACGACUCCACUGGCAUUACGAACCGGGUCAUUCUCAUCAAUGGGAAGGAAGUGGAUUGGGACAGCAGCUCGGGCACCGUCCUCAAGCAUGCCCUGCUGUUCUCCCCACAGGCGCAGAAGUUUGCGGUGGCGCGGGAGGUGGCUCGGCUGGACAGCGGCGGACCUGUGCUCCACGCCACGGUGGCUCCCGCUUGCCUGGCCGGGGUGUGCGUUUAUAGCGUGGCGCUGAAGCAGAUCUUUGGCCUGUACAGCGGGCCAGCACUGAAGCGCGGCGCGGUCAACGUGUUUGCGCUGGCGCUGGGCGCCGUCUCCUACCUGCUCACAUCCGAUGCCGUCUGUCAUUGGAUGGACUACAAGUCCGAUCGGACGGCCGCUAGCGUCUCCCAGGAUUACGCCAAGGGAGGGGUGGAGUUCUAUGACAAGAUCCUCUCCCGCAACAAAACCCUGCGCACACUGAUGGGCCAAAAAGGGGGGGAGACGUACGCACCAAGUGGGAACCUGUUCCCCUCCAGCAUGUUCCGGAUGAAACACGCCUCUUACACCUCCAGGAGGGAGGGUGUUGCCAGCCUUCUGAAGUUGGACAAAGCAUAGGAGGAGCGCUGAUAUACUGUGCCAGGUGCUGUCUGUCUGAGAGAGGCAGGCCUUCAUUGUUCCAUUGGUUGUUUAGGGUUUAUGGUUAUUUAUCAAAUAUACUGCAUAUAAUAUUUACGUGAGGUUCUCAAAAUACCUACAAAGAGAGGGGAUGUCAGGGCACCG